AUGGAAAAUGUUUAUAAACUAUAUGGUGUUCAUAUUCCAUGUAUUCAUAACAUCUUAGAUGUAAAACCGGCCGAUUUAGAAAAACCUAAAGCAUUUCAUAUUGGAAAAUUGGAAUUCAAUAGUUCGAAGAAUAUUCUAGUUUAUGAUGAUGAAGACAAUCCGAUAGGAAAGGGUGAUCGGAAAAAUGAACAAUGCAAAAUUUCGGCUCGGAAAACAUUUACAACCAAAGUUGAGAACGAAAUUUACUUGUAUGAAGAACAAGUAACUCCAGAUAUAGGAGUUAAAAGUCUUGUUCAACGCAUUUUAAAUCUUCCGUCAAUUGACAAGGCAACAAGUUUCAUGUUUAAUCUUGGGAUGAACAUCGAUUAUGAUACAAUUCAGGCAAUUCAUUAUAUAUCAUCAUUAAGAAAAACACAUCCAGAAGUGAUAGAUUUGGCAUUAAGUAAUGCAUAUCUUCCGGAAGAAUCAGAUGAAUAUCAGCAAAACAAAGACAUGAUUUCAAAAAUCAUCGAAGAAGUUUUUGAUAAUAAAGACAAGGAAAGAGAUCCGGAUUUUGUUGUAAGAAGGAAGAGGAAAAAUGGUUUGUGA